AUGCUACUACUUCCUCGUGGUCUUGCCUCAGGUUUGGAGUUUUUUUUCACCUUCUCAGCGUAUCGGGAAGGUUUGAGAAAAUGCGUGUGCAAUCCUGAAUACUUCAACAGUUUCAGUGGGGUUGUGGCUAGAAUACUGUUGUGUCGUGUUGUGUCUUGUGUCGCAUUGAAAAGUUAUACAAUUCUGUUUGAAGAUAUUUCAAAAUAUGUUGGAAGUCAUUGCGCCCACAAGGCACUGAUAAUUGAUAGGCAGCAUCAGGCUUGGUUUCCAGACACCAACUAUGAAGAAACCCCUAAAUUGGGAAGAAACCCCCAGGUAGAGAGAAGCAACAACACAAGAAGAAUAAAGCAAAAGAGAUUAGUUUUUCCUUCUCUUGCACAUAUCCCAUCCCACCUCUGUUCAUUUUCUUGGGAUUUGUUAUCUGGAAUUAUAGUGAAGGCCAAGAGAUUUCACGAAGGGUUUAUUAGGAUUGUAAGUUCCUGUAUUCUUUUGAUAACAAUUUAUUGUCUAUGUUUGAAGCAUGGGGGAUCAUUUUAUGUUAUUGUUAAACGGUUGGUCACUGAAACUACCCUUGAAGCUGCUAUUGAAGGCCAAAACCGGUUGCAGCAACCCAUGCCCUCAGCAAGUGAAUAUCCGAUGACUGAUUUUUCUUCCCAUAGGAUGGAUGUGGAGGUUGGCUUUCAGUCGAAGGAUUUAGUAGCGUGUAGGAUUUGCCACGAUGAGGAUGAAGCCUCGAACAUGGAGAUCCCCUGUUCUUGCUCCGGCACCUUGAAGUAUGCCCAUCGAAGAUGUGUCCAAAGGUGGUGCAAUGAGAAGGGUGAUACUGUCUGUGAAAUUUGCCACCAGCAAUUCAAGCCCGGGUAUGCCGCAUCACCUAUGUUCCAUUAUGGUGGUGUUCCAACGAACUUCAGGGGAAAUUUGGAGAUUCCCAGAAGGGACCUGCAUAAUUUUCAGUUUACAGCGACAGUGGCUGAUCCCAAUUUUCUGGAUCAUGAAUUUGAUGACUAUACAGUUCGCACUUCCAGAAGCCUGAUGUGCUGCCGCAUAGUUGCUACAAUUUUUACGGUUCUUCUGUUGUUGCGCUAUACACUACCAAUCAUUAUUUAUGGAGCUGGAGAAUACUCAAUGAAAUUGUUCAUGUUACUGGUGUUGCAGUUACUGGUGUUAAGAACUAUCGGAAUUCUUUUGCCAAUCUAUAUCAUGGUUAAAAUAUUUACCAGUAUCCAACGUCGCCGACAUCAACAGGAUCCUCAUAGCUUCUCCAUUGCUACUGGAUCAGAUGAAGAAAAUGAAUUGACCGAGUCAGAGUCGCAGCCUCAGCCACAUCUCAUUCACGUGCAGUAAUGGCAUCAAGUACUGCAUGUAUGAGGGGAAACAACCAUGGUCUACAAAUUUAUGUUUGGUACCAACCACCAAAGGAAGUCUCGUGAUAUCAUAUAAAUGUUCAUAUGGCCCAGGUGGUGUCACACUGACUUUGCUCUGCAUCGUCCUUGGAUCUCAUUAACAAGCAAUCUAGUGAAAUGUAGAGUUACAAAAAGGUAACUGCUUUGAAGAAACAGUUCAAUAAAAGCCGAUAAAAUGUUCGGGAAAAAAGAUUGGUCAAAGCUAGCAAACAGCAUGAUUGAUCUGAAAAUACAAGGAGUUGGGAGAACAUGAAAAUGUAAAUACAUAUAUUUCACUUGAAGCUUU